GUUAAUAUUUAUAAUCUAAACGGGAAUAAAUCCCAGCUGACAAGGGACAACGAAAAAGCGAGUUGCGAAAGCGCCAACCAGUUUCGACUUUCACAAGCAGUCGUUUAUCUUUUGAAAAAUCACAGAUUCUUCUAUUCUCCAUUUCAUUUCACACUCUUGACUUCUCUAUUUCUUCUUGGUCCAAAUCGACGACUCCAAUUAAUUUCUUUCCUUUUAAGGAGCCGGCCUUGCCUCUUUUACCGCCGGCUGAGCAUUUGAGUUCGAAAAACUGAUUUCAGAAUCAACAAAACAAAGCUUUUUAUUCCUACAGGAAAAAAUGGCUACUCCUAAUGACAAUCAAAGUAAAGGCUUUUUUGCUGCCAUGACCUCUGGCUUGUCCAUGUUUGGCAACGCUAUGCACAGAUCUGUUAAUGGGUUACUGGGUUAUGAAGGAGUAGAAGUCAUAAAUCCUGAGGGUGGCAAACAUGACGCAGAGGAGGAAGCUCAGAAAGGAAGAUGGGAGCAGGAGGAACGAGAUGGCUACUGGAAAAUGAUGCAGAAGUACAUAGGCUCAGAUGUUACAUCUAUGGUGACACUUCCUGUCAUUAUUUUUGAGCCAAUGACCAUGCUUCAAAAAAUGGCAGAGUUGAUGGAAUACUCCUACUUGUUAGAUCUAGCGGAUGAAUGCGAGGAUCCUUACAUCCGUUUGGUGUAUACUUCGUCAUGGGCUAUCUCUGUCUACUAUGCCUUACAACGAACGUGGAAACCUUUUAAUCCCAUUCUUGGGGAGACUUAUGAGAUGAUUAAUCAUGGUGGGAUUACAUUUAUUUCAGAGCAGGUGAGCCAUCAUCCCCCGAUGGGUGCUGGCCAUGCUGAAAAUGAGCAUUUUACUUAUGACAUCACAUCAAAGUUGAAGACUAAAUUUUUAGGGAACUCUGUUGAUGUUUACCCAGUUGGAAGAACGCGUGUAACUCUUAAAAGAGAUGGCGUGGUUUUAGAUCUAGUGCCACCACCCACAAAGGUUAACAAUCUGAUUUUUGGACGGACUUGGGUUGAUUCACCUGGGGAGAUGAUAAUGACGAAUUUGACCACUGGGGACAAAGUUGUUCUAUUUUUUCAACCAUGUGGCUGGUUUGGUGCCGGUCGCUAUGAAGUGGACGGAUAUGUUUAUAAUGCUGCUGAAGAGCCCAAAAUAUUGAUGACAGGGAAGUGGAAUGAGUCAAUGAGCUAUCAACCAUGUGAUCUGGAAGGUGAACCUCUUCCAGACUCAGAAUUGAAAGAGGUCUGGCAUGUUGCUGAUGUUCCAGCAAAUGAUAAAUUUCAGUAUACAUACUUUGCACAUAAACUUAACAGCUUUGACACAGCUCCUAAGAAGCUGUUAGCAUCUGAUUCUCGUUUACGCUCUGAUAGAUUAGCACUGGAGAAGGGUGAUCUAUUGAAAGCUGGUGCUGAAAAGAGCAGGUUGGAGGAAAGGCAGAGAGCUGAAAAAAGAGAACGGGAGGCUAAGGCCCAUAAAUUUACACCGAGAUGGUUUGAUAUGACUGAUGAGGUUACACCUACACCAUGGGGUGACUUGGAAGUCUACCAAUACAAUGGUAAAUACGCAGAACAUAGGGCAGCUAUGGAUAGAUCAGAUAGCAUAGAAGAGGUUGAUGUCAAAUCAUUUGAAUUCAACCCGUGGCAGUAUGGUAACUUGUCUGUAGAAUGAGGCACUCUUGUCUUCAUGUUUGCUCGGUUUAUGCAGUUGUAACUCUUUGUUAUGAUGUGGAAUCUAGCUAUUAUUUUUAGGCUUGUGUACAGUAUAUCUUCUUUUUGAUAAAUCUCUUUGCUGUUGGUUUGAGAAGUUCUAUUUAGUUUAUUAAGACUUAGAAAGCCUUUCUUUUGUCUCUUUUUCUGAGAAACCCAUCAUCCACACUCCUCUCUUGUUAUUCUGCUUAUAAAAAUUUUGAUAUUUUGGGAUGCC